CUAAAUCAGCGUACCUCAUGGCGUACCCCAGACAUGCGGCGCACAAUGAUAGCCUUUGGAGAAAGAUUUGGCGGCUUCAUGUCCCGGAAAGAGUUUGUUGUUUUACCUGGUUGGUGGCCUUGGGAAAGAUUGCGACCAAUGUGCUUCGGUUCACCAGGAAGUGUGCGGACUCCCCGGAUUGUCACAGAUGCGCAGGCACCCCGGAGACUAUCCUGCAUACUCUCCGUGACUGUCCGCCGGCUGCUUUUUUCUGGUAUAGACAGGUCCCCCAGGCGGAGCACCACAAGUUCUUCUCGGCCUCUGUUGAGGAUUGGAUCAGCAGCAAUGUUAACCAGGAUGAAGAAAUGGAGUCAGGUAUGGCAUGGAAUGAUUUUUUUGCCUCGGCUAUUUGGUUAUUGUGGAAGAACAGGUGUACAGCUUGUUUCAAAGGGAUAGGAGCUGCGCUGACUGCUCCCACUCUGGCAAAUUCAAUCCACUACAAAGCUGCUCUUUGGCACAUGGCGUGGAAGUCGGACAAUGCUACUCGGCUUCAAGGCUCCCAUGCAGUUCCUAGGGUCCUGGCGAACAUCAGCUGGGUCGCUCCCCACAGAGGAUGGAUGAAGUUAAACGUGGACGGGGCUUCGGCUGGGAAUCCUGGUCAGGCGGGUGCGGGAGGGCUAAUCCGUGAUGAGCAUGGAAGGUGGCAGGCUGGUUUUGUGGCCAUGAUCGGGGAAGCGACCGCGGCUUUGGCCGAGCUGUGGGCUCUGUUUCAUGGACUGAAUCUCGCUUGGAAGUUCAGGUGCACUAACCUUUUGAUCGAGACAGAUUCUCAACUUGUGAUUCAGUGGUUAAAGAGCAGGAGUGACCCUCUACACCCUUAUGCUUCUUUAUUGGCCUCUAUCAGGAGACGUAUGGCGCAGGACUGGUUGGUUAACAUAACUCAUACAUACCGGGAAGGGAAUAGAGCCGCGGACUGGCUCUCGAAGCACAGUCUCGUCUAUCCCUAUGGUGUGCAUGAGUUUGUUAAUCCACCUACUGGUAUUGGUAGCAUUCUGCAGGAGGAUAUGAGAGGUCUUUCUUUUGAGCGAAGGGUAAUUGCCACCCGUGAUUUGUAACCCCUCUCCCCUUGUUCCCCUUUCUUGGCGCUAGCCUCCCUUUAUGCAAAAUAAAAAAUAUAAUAUGUUUAAUAUAUGAAUUUAAUGUACCCACCUCUAAAAAUGGUCAUAAUACAUCAAAUUUUGAAAUUUUAAUGGGUAGCAUUAGUCUCAUAUGAUGAUAUAACACAGAAUCACAACUAAUCAACCCACUACCCUAACCUAUUAACAUUCAAUUUUGAAUCUAAACCCAAAAUCCCAAAUUGUAAACCCUAACCCUAAAUUCCUAAACCCUGAAUCAUUCAAAUUAAAGUGAAUCUUGAAUGAUUUUUGUACAAAUUCAUGUGGUUCUUGUCCCUCAUACUACAAGGGAUUAUUGACAUCGUUUUCACAUGAAUCGUCUGCUCAUAAUCAUCAUUCCGAGAAGGCGAUUCAUGUGAAAACGAUAUCAGUCAUCACUUGUGCUUUGAUGAACAAGAAACACAUGAAUUUGUA